AUGACCCAAACCCACGAAUUCCCAAUGUCCAACUCAGACAUCAAAGAUCCCUCCAUCAUCGACGACACCGAGAAGACUGGCGUCGACACAGCACCUAAAUACACCACCGCCGCCGCCGCCAACGGCGAAGAAAUAGUCUACACCACACCCCCCAAAGGCUACCGCCUCUUCGGCAACAUCGUCCUACCAGCCUACCGCUCCCCAAUCGUGCAAUGUAUCAUCAUAGCAUGUGUCCACCUACUCGUCGUGGGAAUGUUCAACGUUCUCUCCGCGCUGGGCGGAGGUGGACAAGUUGAUCCAACUACAAGCAACAAUGCAAACACUAUCCUAUACAGUCUUUUCGCAUUCUUUGCGCUUACAGCUGGAUCGGUGGUGAAUUUCCUGGGACCAAAAGUCACGCUUGCUAUGGGUGGAGUGGGCUAUUCGUUGCUGUCAGCGUCUUUUUGGAGUUAUAAUCACAACAGCAAUGCCGGAUUUGUUUAUUUUGGUGGUGCGAUGUGUGGUAUCGCCGCAGCGUUUCUAUGGACUGCUGAAGGGGCCUUGAUCAUGUCCCUGCCCAUGGAAAAAGACAAAGGCAAGUACAUCAGCAUCUUCUACGGCCUCUCUUUCUUCGGCACAGUCAUCGGCGCUAUCAUCCCCACAGUCGAGAACUGGGGUGUAACAACUGCCGGCAGUGCCAACGACGGCACAUACAUUGCCCUCUUUAUCCUUAUGCUCCUAGGCAGUGUAGUAGCCUGCUUCAUCUCCGACCCAUCUCGCGUCGUCCGCAACGACGGAAGUCGAGUUUUUGUUCCUCGAAACACCACUUUUGUGCAAGAGCUAAAAAAUGUCGUCCUCGCCGUUAAGAGGGAGCCGUGGAUCAUCCUGUUUUUCCCAUAUAGUUUUGCCGGAUUGUGGUACAUCCCUUAUCAGAGCAAUGACUAUAAUGGAUAUUAUUUCGACCUACGAACACGCGCUUUCGGUUCCCUGUGGUUUGAUUUUGGCCAGUUCGUCAUGGCUGUCAUUAUGGGCAUGAUGCUCGAUUGGAAGACUAUUGGGACUCGUCGUCGUCGUGCGUUUGUUGGAUGGAUUGUUCUUUUUGUCUUGCUCAAUGCAGUCUUCAUCGGAGGCGUUUUUCCGGCUCGUCGUUCCCAUCGCGGCGUUACGCCUCCGGGUGGACUGAUAGAUGUCAAUGACUCCAGGGCUGCGGGAUACAUUAUCCUUUUUGUCUUCUAUGGUUGUGUUGAUGGUGCUUGGCAGACUUUUGCAUGGUGGAUUGCUGGUUGUCUGUCGAAUGACCCGUUGGUGCUCUCUAUCUAUUCGGCUUUUUAUAAAGUGUUUGGUGCCAUGGGGGCUGCUAUUGUGUUCAAUCUCGAUGUGCGUGAGAUUAGUUAUCAGGCAAUGUUUGGUAGCUAUUGGGGUUUGCUGGCUGGGUCGAUGCUGUUUAUUCUAGUGUUGAUUCAUAAGAGGGUCGAAGAUUCGACUGGAGUUGUGGCCGAGAGUGAGGCACCAGUUGAGAAGGUGAUACCAGUUGAUGAGUGA